AUGGAAGAAGUUAAACAACGAAAAAAAAUUUUAAUUGCAGAAAAUUUAAAAGAUACUAAGGAAAAAAGAAUUUUAAAAAAAUUUGAAGAAAUAAAAUCAAAAUGGGAUAAGCAGAGUAAAAUAAUAAAAGAAAAAACAAAGAAAAAAGAAACUUUAGCAGAUCAAGGAGAAAAAUAUAGAGAAAAAAACGAAUUGAAUGUUUUGAUUGACUAUUUAAAUAAAGAAGAAAAGAAAAAAAGUAAUUGGUUAGAAAAUUUAAGAUAUGGAUGUGAAAAAAUAAAAUUCAAAGAAUCCAUUAAAAAAAUAGACUUGAAUAACAAAAUAUCUAAUAAUAAUAAAAAGUUAUUUAAUAAAAUAUUUGAAAAAAAUGAAGAAAAAGAAGAAUUAAAUGAAGAAAAUUAUAAUAAAAAUAAGGAUAUGAAGAAAGAACAAUAUGAAGGAAUAAUUAUUGAAAAAAUUAAAAAUAAUUUAGAAUUCGUUUUAUCAAAUUUUGCGUUACCAUUAGAUAAUAGUUUCCUUAUCAAAGGAGAUAAGAUAGAUAUAAAUGAGUUCCACAAAGAAAAUAAUAUUCAAAUAAAUGAUGAAAAAGAUUUAAUAAAUAACGAAUUAAAAUAUGAAAAAGAAAUAACAUAUAGCAAGUGUGAUAAUUUAAAUAAUAGUAAUAUUGAUAAUAAAUCAAAUGAAGAAGAAUACUUAAAAAUAAGUAGUUCUUUUUUAGAAGUUAAAAAUAAUGGGAAGGAAAUUAUUAACAAAUAUAUUAUUUUAACAAAUUGUUCUUCAAGUGUAAUUAUUUAUCAAAUUACUUCUAAAAAAAAGAUAAAAUUAAAAAAUGAAGUUAUACAUUUAAAAGAUGCUAUAUAUUUUGAUAAUGAUAAAAACUAUAUUGUUUUUAUAUCUCCAAAUAUCGGAUAUAUAAAACCUAAAGAAAAAAUAAAAAUAAAUUUUACUUUCAUUUUUAAUUAUUUUGUAAAUAGUUUUGGUUGUUUCACUAUAAAAUACUUAUAUAAUAAUAAAAUUUUCAAAAAAUAUAUUUUCCUUAAUGUUGAUUCUUUUUAUAAUUUAAUUGAAUUAAAAAAAAAAAAUAAAAAGAAAAAAAAAAUGGAAAUUGAAAAUUACAAUUUGUGUGGAACAAAUUCAAAAAGUCAAAUAGAGAAUUUAGAUAUAAGAAAAUUAUGUAAAGCUAUCAAUUUUAUAAAUUUUAAUUAUUAUUUAAAUAUAAAUGAAAAAAAUAUUAUUUAUUUUUUUAAAAUAAUAGAAGAAAUGAAUUACAAUUUUUUUAUAAAAUUAAAACGUCUUAUAAGAGAAGAAAUAUCUGAUUAUACAAAUAAUAAUGGUAAUAAUAAUUAUAAAAAUAACAAAUAUAAUGAUAAUAAUAAUUAUGAAAUAAAAAAUAAAUGUAAUAAUAAUUUUAAACAAAAUAAUAUUAGCAACUUAAUAGAAUCUGAAAAAAACAUCUAUGAUGAUAAUAUUUUUUUUCAGAGCAAAUCUGAAAUAACUUUUUCCAGUGAGAAAUGUGAUUGUUUCAAGAAAAUCGACAAACAUUAUAUUUUAAAAAAUUGUUUAAAGAGUUUUUUUAAUUAUAUGAAAUUUAAAUUAUCUUGUUUUUUUAAUAUUUAUUCAUUAUCGUAUGAUUUGAAUUUUUUUAAAAGUCAUUUUCUUGUGACAAGAUCAACUUUUAUUUUCAAUAAUUUAAAUUUAAAUACACUUAUAAAUGAUUUGAAGGAAAAUUAUAAUAAACAUAAUGAGAAAAAAUUAGAAAUAUAUGAUAAAGAUGACUUUAAAAAUUAUAAUAAAUCUACACUUGAAAGUAUUUAUAAUUUCUUCAUUAGCACAUAUGAAAAAAUUAAUUAUAAAAAGGAAAAUUUUUUUUGUUUAUUUACUUUUAAUAUAUAUGAAUAUGUAAUAGAAUUAAUAAAUUCUUAUAAAAAUUUUAAAAAAAAUUAUAAAUUUAAUAAAAAUGUUAUGUUCAUAAAGAACGAAAUUUAUAACAAACAAAUAUCUCAAUAUUUAAAAGAUAAUGAUAGCAAUCAUAAAAAAAAUAAAGUGAGUAAAACAGAAGAAAAAGAAUUUCGUGAUUUUCUGAAUAAAAUAAGUUAUAAUUAUCAUAUCAAUAUAAUGCAUACACUUCCUAAUAUAAUUAUUAAUAAUUAUCUUAAUUUUUUUAUAAAUUUCAUAUAUUUACAAAAUAAAUUAAAUAUUUCUCCAACUUUUUAUUUUUUUUAUUAUUUUCAAAUUGUGAAUUAUAUUCAGAAUUUAUAUAUAAAAAGAAAUACAUUUUAUAAAUGUACAGAAGAAAAUGUUUUUAUUGAUAUAAAUAAUCAAUUGCUAUGUGAAAUUUUUACAUAUAUAUAUACUCUAUACAAAAAUAAAGAAAAUAACAAUAAAAUUAAUGAAAUAAAAGAAGUUGUUUUUUUUUUAUUUUCUUCAAUUUUUAUAUAUGUAAGACAAAAUAUAAAAAAUUUAUAUAUUUUUUUUGAUAUUCAUCUUUUUUACAAUCAUAUAAAUAAAGAGAAAAAUAACCUAUUUGAAGAAGAAUUUUAUGAAAAUGUUUUUUUUCAAUUUUUUUUUCCUUAUUUAAGAAAUUUUAUUUCACAAAUUUCGAGUUUAAAGUAUGAAUUACACUUCUUAAAAAAUUCUGAUGAUAUAUUACAAUUUUGUGAAAAUUAUUUCUGUGAUGAAAAAUAUAAAAAAGAAGAAAAAGGGAAUGAAGAAAUAGAUAAAAAUAGUGUAAAUGAAAAAGUUGAAAUAAAUACAGACAAUUUUAAUAAUGUAGAUUCAGUUAAAAACAUAAAUUUAAAUAAUCUAAAAGAAGAAAAAAUUAAUUUUAUUAAUAAUUUUCAUAUUGACAUUGAAUAUAGUGAUAUUUUUGAAAAAAAUAAUGAUAAAAUUUUUAAAAAAAUGAACAUUAUUAAUAAAAAUAUGGAUGGUCAUAUAUUUUUUAUUUUCGAUAAAAAGUUGUUUUCCAAAACAGUUUAUGAAUACUAUUUUGAAAACUUAAAAAAAAAAGUAGAGUUAAAUUUAUUAUAUUUGAAGAAUAUAUAUAGCAAUAAAAUAAAAAUAUGUGAAGAAGAGAAAGGUGAAAAUAGUGUCACUAAUUUAGUAAUAAAUGAAGAAAAAAUUAAAAAAAAAAAAAAAAUAAAAGGAAAAGAAAAAGAAAAAGAAAAAGAAACUACUAACGAGAACGAAUAUGAUAACAAAGAACCAAAUUCAGAAGAAGAAAAAAAAAAAAGAGAAAGGGAAAAAAAAAAAAAAAAAAAAAAAAAAAAAAAAAAAAAAAAAAAAAAUUUAGAAAAGGAUAAUGAUAAUAAUUUACAUGUUAUACGUAAAAAUGAAGAACAAAAAAUACAAAAAGAUAUAAAAGAAGAAAAUAAAGAAUUUAUCAAUUAUUAUUUUAUAAAAAUAUUUGAAAUUUUAAAUGUGAGUACAUAUAUUUUAGAUAAUAAAAAGAUUAUUAGUAAUAUAAUAAACCUCAAAUUUUCCAAAAACGUAAAUAUAAAAGUAGGACCCAUUUUAAAUAAAGAAAUAUAUUUUAUUUUAUUUAUAUGUAAUUUAAUAUCAGUUGAACACUUAAAUCAUUUAUAUAAAAAUUUUAAAAAUUCAAAUUAUUACCUAUUUAGUGAUUAUAUUGAAUAUAAUAGAAAAACUAUUAUAAUUCUAUUUAAAGAAAUUCUCCAAUAUUUUAAUCUUGAAAACAAUAUGAAUAAGAAUAAUUUUUUAAUGAAGAUUCCUCUUGACACAAAUUUUGAUUUCUUAUUUAUUCAUUUAAAUAAUUUAAAAGGAGACAAAAAAAAAAAUAUGGAAGAAAAAGAUGAUGAAAAGAAAAAUGAAGAAGAAAAUUAUGAUGAAAAGAAAAAUGAAGAAGAAAAUUAUGAUGAAAAGAAAAAGGAAGAAGAAAAAGAUGAUGAAAAGAAAAAUGAAGAAGAAAAUUAUGAUAAAGAAAAAAUUUCUUUAGAAGAAGAUGAUGAAGAAAGCUGGAUUACAGGAUUUAACAGAAUAAAUUUAAAAGAAAAAAAGGAAGAAUAUAUGCAAAUUUUAAAAAAUAAUGUAAAAAGAGAAGAAAUGAAAUACAUUUGUAUCAUUUCACCAAAUAUAAAAAAUUUUUCUUUAAAUUUUUCAAAUAUGAAAGAAAUUAUUGAAUGGAUAAAACUACUGAACCUAAUAAUAUUUUUCAAUAUUUCUGACGUUUAUAUAUAUGGUGAUUUAUUUUUUUUAUUUUUGUUUUUUAUAUAUGAUAACCAUAUAAUAAAAGGAAAAAAAUGUAAGAGCAUAAAUGGUACUUAUAUUAAAUUAGAAACGAAUAAAAAUAUUAAGAGAAAAAAAUAUUAUGAAGAAAUAGAAAAUAUAUGUAAUUCAAAUAAUAAUGAUGAUAUUUAUUUACAAAUUUUAGAUAUACAACACUUUCCUCAUAAUUUAUUAUUACUAUUAAAGAUUAGUAUAUUUAAUAUUAUUAAUUUAUAUAAAAAAUAUAAAAUAAAUAUGCAUUUUCCUUUUGAUAUAUUUAUUAAAUCAAAAAAAAUUAUAAAUGAUUCUUCAUAUUCCUUAUACUGUUUAUUACCUUAUAAAAACUAUGCAUCGAUGAUAAAUGCAGCCAAAAAAAAUUUUCAUAAUAAGUAUAAAAAUAAAAUGAGUAAAACGAAUUUUUUUGAAAAUAAAAAUCAGAGACAUUAUGUAAACUCCUGGAAAAAAAUAUAUUUAAAUGAAAAAGAAAAUGAAGAAGCAUAUUUAAUUAAAAAUAAUUUUGACGUUAAAAAAGAGAAAAAAGAAAAGGAAGAUUAUUACAAAAAAAAUAUUGAACAAAUUGAUGAAAACUUUGAAAUUACUUCAUUAUCAGAAAAAUUCACAAAAAAAGAAAAUAACUUAAAAAAUGAUCUAAUUAUAAAUAUAUGCUUAUUAAAUAUAGGAAAACUAACUGUAAAUAACAUCUUAAUAAAUAUAAAAAAAGAAAAUAAAAUAUUAUGGUUAUGUGGGUCUUUUGAAAAAUAUAUAAAAGAAAAUUGUGAAAAUAGUUUAAAAAUACUUGAAUAUUUUUUAAAUUAUUCUUCAAAUGAUGAUAAUAUAAUACAUGUAAAUAAUUUGAUUAUAUUAAAUAAAAAGAUUUAUUCUUUAUAUUAUUAUCAUAUAUCAAAAAAAAUAAACAUAACAUUUUUAUUUAACAAUUAUAAAUUUUUAAUAAAAUUAUUUGAUAGAAAAUAUUCCAAAAGUGAUAUGUUAUCUUUAAUUAUUUGA